AUGUUGUGCGAGGUGGACCCUAGCUCAUGUACCGAUCCGCGGUGCAGUGUUGGACUGCCGCCGUGCACCUCCACCUCCACCGAUUGUACCACCUCGCCUUUUGCCGGUGCACCACCAUGCGUGCGCUCCGCUCUCAUCGGGCUGCUUGAGCUCAUGUCGAGCGUGCCAUCCGCGCCAGCGCCGACAGUGCGGUACCAGGAUCACAUUGGCAGCCUGUCGCGCACCGACAGUCGGGCGGCGCGCGUGCUCUCGCAGUCCACGCGCGUCCACGUACUGCGCGAUAAGCUCGAUGACGCCGCCGCGACGCGGCUCGAGCUCACGGCGCAAAGCCUGGGUGCGCAGAUCACCACCUCGCCCAGCGCAGCCAACGUGGUCGUCACGACGCUGCGUGCACCCAAGCGCAUCCGCAAGCAUUUCCAAGACGACGACUUGAACGUCUUCCCUGCGCCCGAUCCGGUUCCAGAGGCUGUGAUCGAGGUGGUGGAUGCCCCACUGGGACAGGGAAAAGACUGGCGUCGCUUCGUCGUCACGCCGCAAUGGAUACAGGCGGUCAAGGAUGAAGGAACGCUGGUAGAUCCGGAUAGAUACCCCGCCAUACCACACAGACCUACACAUGAGGCAGAUAGAAAGAGGAAACGAGGCCCGGAAUCACCCCCACCCCCMCCCGCAGCUGCGACAUCAAGAGCGGAAGAGAUGCUGGUGUACAAGCCACUGGAAGUACCCGAGGGAGUUCCGGCCUGGUCGAACACCCGGUAUGCGUGUCGACGACCUUCACCGCUCAAGUGCACCAAUCAGAUGCUGGUGGAGCAGCUCGAGCUGAUCCGCAACGAACGCCGGCUCACGGGCGACACGUAUGCGGAGAUGGCCUACAUGCGUGCGAUCUCGGCGCUCAAAGCGUACCCGUUCCACAUCCCGGACUCUGUCACGGACGCCGACUUUUCCGCCGAGCUUAGGGAUCUGCGCCUGGCGGAAGUGGAGAAGCUCAAGGGCGUGGGCAAGAAGGUCUUUUCGCUCGUUCGACAGUUCUACCACUCGACGUCGACUCGAGAGGCAAGGAUUGUCGAGGCCAAGGUGAUUCAGCGCGACCGGGCGGUGUUUGUGAUGAACGCCUUUGCGGAGCUGUACGGUAUUGGGCCGAUUGGAGCACGCGAGGCGUACAAUGCCGGCGCACGGUCGUUUCGCGAUGUGCUGGAGCGGAAAAAGUCGUUGGCGACGCAUCUGUCCGCCAAAGAGUCGGUUCGGAUCCUGGCAGAUCUCAGACAGCCCAUCGGACGGGGAGAAUGCGAGAGCAUUGCAGAGGAGAUCAUGCGUCUUCUCACCCAGCUCAUGCACGGUGCAGAGGUGAGGUGGCAGAUCUGUGGUGGGUAUAGACGCGGCAAACCACGCACGUACGAUCUCGACAUCAUCAUCGGGCACACGCUCACCGCCUCGCGCGCGCUCCACGUGCAGCUGCUCGACGACAUGAAGAAGAGGGGACUCAUCACGCAUAUCGUCAACAUCUCUACUCCGCAUCCGAACCUCGAGGCCGAUCCGGAUCCUUCCAAUCCACCACCCGUGCAUAUCGACAUUGCCAAUAUCGUCGUUCUCCCCCCUGCCCGAGGUGCAGAAAGGCCUCUGCAUAGGAGGAUCGAUCUGGUCUUUUGCCCGCUCCAAGUGUAUGGCGCCACCGUGCUCGGCUGGACGGGAAGCUUGACGUUCGAAAGAGACCUCCGCCUCUGGGCCCGCACCAAGGGGUUCAACUUUUCGUUCGACGGCGUGACCAAUCUGGCUGAAAACACGCUUGUCCCAACCGCCACGGAAAGGGACGUGUUCGAACUGCUCCAGCUGCCCUACAUGCCACCGGAGUGGCGCAAUUGCGACGCCUAA